AUGGGUUCCAAUCACAAUGUGCCGGAUAUAAACCAUCCGGAACACCCAUCCACAACUAUCCAGACGUCCGGAAAUAAACCAAGAACCAUCCAUGUGGCUCACAGACGCUCUCCCAGCGAGCUCACUACAUUGAUGCUGGAACAAUUUAAUUUGCAGCGUCAGCUUGAAAUUGUUCAGGCCCAGCAACAGCAGAUACUUCAGCAACAACAGCAAUUCACCCAGCAGACGAGCUAUGCUCAACCUGGCUACAGUUUUCCGGGCGUGUCCGCCAUGCCCCCACCUUCGAACACCCCAAGGCACAAUAGGAGGGCCUCUGGAAACGUUAAUCAUGGCGAACAGGAACACUUCCAAACUGUCCGAGGUCACAGAAGAGCUCAAUCAUCUGUUGCACCUGGCACCCAGCAAAACUAUAGCAAACAAGAUACUCGACAGCAGGCUCUUGGCCACACCAGGAGGCAUUCGCUCGGGGUCUCGGAAGCCAAGCGGGCUGCCGCAGAGGCACAGGCUCAACGGUCUGGACAGCCGUUGAAAACCGAUUCUUCCCCUCCUUCUUUCAAAUUCCCUCCAGAUAAUGAUGACGACAACUACCAAGUGCAAGGUGGUCAUUACAGGUCCAAAUCGAACGUGUCCCCUCAGAGAUCCUUCCAAUUUCCUCCAAGAGAUAACUCUCAAACGUUGAUGCCUCCUCCAGUCAACUUUGGCCAUGAAAGACGCCAGUCCGGUAAUUACGGUUUUAGAACUGCUCCGUCUGACAUCAAUGGCAAUUGGAGAAAGCAGCAACAACCGAUACCUUCCCAGCCACCAAUGUCUGGAUUUGAUUCUCCAUUCACACCAGGACACAGAGCGAGGUCUUCAUACGGUGGGUCUGUGUCUUCCCUGGCACAGUUCAACCAAUCCCAGAACGGCCAGCAAAGAAAAUCUCUUUUUGCUCCUUAUCUUCCUCAAAGCUCUCUUCCAGAGCUGAUCAGUGAGGGAAGACUGGUCACGGGUGUUCUUAGGGUGAACAAGAAGAAUAGGUCGGAUGCAUAUGUUUCCACAGAUGGACUGCUAGAUGCAGACAUUUUCAUUUGUGGCUCCAAAGACAGAAAUAGAGCUCUAGAAGGCGACUUGGUUGCUGUUGAGCUUCUUGUUGUCGACGAGGUGUGGUCUUCCAAACGGGAGAAGGAGGAAAAAAAGAGAAGAAAGGAUAAUAUUGUUGCAUCCACAGACAUUACAGACGAUUUCCACAACGACGCAAGCACCAGCUACUCGUCUUCGGCAUCUUCGAGCGCACCAGCAGACUCGGCUACAACGGAAACUCCACCGUCAACCCAAUCCUCUUCAGGUCUCAGCCGUGGAUCCGGGUCUUUGAACAGAAGAGGAUCUUUGAAGCAACGGCCUACCCAGAAGAAGAACGACGAUGUAGAAGUUGAAGGACAGUCCUUGUUGCUGGUGGAGGAAGAGGAAAUCAGCGACGACUGCAAACCUUUAUAUGCUGGUCAUGUGGUCGCUGUUGUGGACAGGAUUCCUGGCCAACUUUUCUCUGGUACCUUGGGGCUUUUGAGACCAUCUCAGGCCGCCAAGGAAAGGGACAAUAAAGAUAAAGACGAUCAAAAGCAAUCUAACAAUUCCAGGCCAAAGAUAGUCUGGUUCAAGCCUACAGACAAGAAAGUUCCUCUCAUUGCUAUUCCCACUGAACAAGUACCAAAAGACUUUGUUCAGAACCACGAGAAAUACGCAGAUCAGGUGUUUAUUGCAUCCAUCAAGAGAUGGCCAAUCACCUCAUUGCAUCCAUUUGGAACACUGGUCGCACAAUUAGGUCCUAUGAAUGACCCAGAGGUCGAGAUCGAUUCAAUUCUUAGAGACAAUAAUUUUCUCUGCGACGAGUAUCCAGAGGAUGAAGACAAGUACGUUGCUGAGCUGCCGGACGUGACUGCAGCACUGGAAGAUGAGCAUAGAAGAAAUUUCAAGGACGAGUAUGUGAUUGCCUUCACACAGACAGGUUCUUUCUGUGAUCAUGCUCUUCAUGUCAAGGUCAUUUCGGAAACCAAGAUCGAGUUGGGUAUCCACAUUGUGGACAUUACACACUUCAUCAAGCAAGGAUCUGGGUUGGACAAACGAUCAAAGAAACGGUCUCAUUCUGUGUUUUUACCUCAAAAAACUGUCCAUCUGUUUCCUGGAAAAGUCAACGAUCAGAUUUCUUUCAAAGAGAACAAGAGUAGCUUGGCUGUUUCGGUUGUCUUUGAAAUUGACUCCACCACCUUUGAUAUUGACGAUGUUUGGAUGGGAGAGUCAGUGGUGACUCCUAAGCAGAAAGUAGACUAUUCUACCAUGGACGAGAUCAUCAACAAGACUCUGAGCCAAACCAGUGAAGGCAUCAAUGCAACUUCUGGAUACAUUUCAACAUUGGCACUGAUUGCUCAAGGGUUGAGAAGAAGACGACUGAACAAUCCUGAACUGAAAAUUGAGCCAGUUUUGCCAUUGCUUGACCAACUUGACGACGAAAACGUGAGAUUGUCUUUGAACAUUUUCGAUAGUUACCCCUCAGCAACGGUGAUUGACGAGAUUUUCCACAAUGUCAAUGCUGCCGUUGCGCAAAGAAUUCAUGCAAUUCUAGGAGACAGAGCAUUUCUGAGAAAAUACUCGAUUCCAACACUUACAAAAUUCGAGAACUAUAACAAGAAAGCAGCUCAUCUGGGUGUGAGUCUUGACACCACGAACGCUGCUUCAUUCCAGAACUCCUUACUCAGAAUUGAAGAUCCGAUCAAACGGUCUGCUAUUGAAACUAUAUUGAUCAAAUCCAUGCCAAGAGGAAAAUACGUCAUUGCUGGCAAAACAGACGCAGACAGUCUAAAUCACUAUCUCUUCAAUCUACCAGUUUACACGCAUUUCACUGCACCAUUGAGAAGGUAUUCAGACAUCAUUGUCCACAGACAGUUGAAAGCUGUUCUCAAUGACGAUAUUCAUAACUACAAGGAAACCUUGGACUCACUCAAGAUGAACAGCGAUUAUUGUAACUUCAAGAAGGAUUGUGCCAAAGCUGCACAGGAGCAGGCUAUCCAUUUGCUUCUCUGCCAGACAAUCAAUGAAAUGAGCUCUGAAUCUGGCCAAAUCUUGACGAUGGGAACUGUCAUCCAAGUUUAUGAGUCCUCAUUCGAUGUUCUGCUUCCAGAAUUCGGCAUUGAAAAACGUGUUCACGGCGAUCAACUUCCAUUGCAAAAAGCCGAGUUUGACAAAUCCGCUCGCGUGUUAGAGUUACACUGGGAGCCAGGUGUCGACUCAGCAACGUAUAUUCCGGACGACGAAAAGGAGCCACUCUCUUACAGAUCAUCGAUCAAGAACAAGUAUCGCUCGCCAUCAAGUACUGCAGCCAAAUCUCAGAGUAAAUCGGCCUUGGAGAACGGAGGCCUUAUUUCUGCUGAACUAGCCAAAAAACUAGAGGAACUGAAUAUCAAGCCUCCGAAGGUCACAGUUCCUACUCAGAAAACCACUGCUCAGAGACCAGUGGCAAGCAGUGUGAAGAGCGUUCCCGAAACUUCGCCAAUUGGAACUCUGGAGAGAAAUGCCUCCGACCCACAGACAAGUCUUUCCACCGCGAUGGCAUCGUUAUCGACAGAGAGUCAGGUUGACCAUGACCCUGCUCUCGCUCCAUAUCUUAGCGACUGUAUCACCAGAGUCGAGAACGAUAGUUACAUCCAAGAGAUCAGAGAACUCAAGCAAGUACCUAUUCUGCUGCGGUCUGAAGUGGGAAUGGCCCUGCCUUGUUUGACCGUGAGAACAUUAAAUCCUUUCUCUGCCGUGAAGAGGGAGUGA